CUCACAGCAGGACCCACUGAAGGUGCAAACGCCCAGGUCUGGAGUUCCCAAACCAACCCCAUAAAAAGACAUCCUGCGCCCUCUUGCGGCCGCGUAGAGAAGCACGCUGCCCGAAGACCCAGCUAAAGAACCUCUGAGCAAAUUGCUUAGUGGUGCCCGUGCGCUCCCUGGCGGCCGUCUGGUGAAUCACUGAAAUUCUCAAUGGCUCAGAUUUACUUGGUAAUGGCAGGAGUGAUGCUCUGCUCCAUCUCUGUUUGCUUUCUUGACCAGAACUUGUCUGCUGUCCAUUGCGUAGAGAGGAGGGAAAUCUUCAAACAUUUGCAAGAGAUGAAAAAGAUCCCUUCUCAGUUAUGCUUAAAGGACAGAAUCGACUUCAAAUUUCCUUGGAAAAGAGAGAGUAUCACCCAAAUCCAGAAGACUGAAGGCACCUGUUACUGCUAUCUGAUGCUUCAGCAUAUCUCCGGUGUCUUCUCCAAAAAGGACAGCUAUGCUGCUUGGAACACCACCCUCCUCGAUCAACUACUCUCUAGCCUUGAUCUGGGCCUGAGAAGACUGGAGCAUAUGAAAAAAGACAAUAUGGAUUGUCCCCAUGUAGGAUCUGCUCUCCGAAAGUAUUUCCAAGGAAUCCAUCUCUACCUGAAGAAAAAGAAAUACAGCCCCUGUGCCUGGGAGAUUGUCAGAGUAGAAAUUGAAAGGUGCUUUUCCCUUAUGUAAGAAUCCUCAAAGAAAAGUCUACAUAAAGAAGAUUUUUAUACUUGUGACACUCUAAUCAAUCACAUUAUUAUUCGCUUAAGCCUCCAAAGCAACCUGUACUCACAUUACCUCAUGAGCUGAAAAAUUUCUGAACUGACCGGUAACCCUGGUAGCUCAGUGGGUUAAGGAAUCAGUAUUGUCACUGCUGUGGCUCUUUUCAGUUGUGGCCCAGGUUCAAUUCCUGGGCCCAGAAUUUCUGCAUCCUGCAGGUAGGAACCAAAAAUAAAUGAAUAAAUAAAGGAAAAAAAAUCUGAAAUGAAAAUGGUGAUUUUACAAAAAAAAAUGUUUUGACAGAAGCAAUCUCUUUUCUUAAAUAAAUAAUUUUUAUAA